UUCGAAAUUGCCCCCUCUUCGACGAUAAACAUUCAGAAUCCGAUUCCGUCCGGAACUUGCCCCAAUUCCGCCGGAAAGUAUCUGUAUUAUCUUCGUGAAGUCACAGUCCAUACAGUUCUGGAAGUGCUCUCCACCACAAAAGCAAUACAGACUCGUCACACAGAAAUGUCACCGGAAGGCCACGUCAUGUCGUCGACUCCGGGAGACUUCAGGCUCCCUUGGGACGUCUUCCUGAGCUUCAGAGGUGCGGAUACUCGUGAUUGCCUCGCAAAACCCCUCCACAAGGCGCUCCAAUCUCGCGGCGUUCGAGUUUUCCUGGACGAUGUUGGGUUGGAUCGCGGGGACCAGAUAGCUCCGAGUCUGCUCGAAGCCAUCGAUGACUCGGCCUCUUCGAUCAUCAUCAUCUCUCCUGACUACGCCUCUUCUCAUUGGUGUCUGGAGGAGCUUGCCAAGAUUUGCGACUGCGAAAGACUGAUUCUGCCGGUGUUCUACUACGUAGGCCCCACUGAUGUCCUCGAACAAACAGGUCCAUUUGAAGAUUCUUUCAAAAUUCAUGAAGCCAAGAGGAGCGAAGAUGAGGUAAUCAGGUGGAGGAAAGCUAUGAAGAAAGUAGGUGGACUUGCUGGUUGGGUUUUCCAGAAUCCCAGCCAAGAAGACCAUCUAAUUGGACUUUUAGUACAAAGGAUUCUGAAAGAACUAAUUAAUACUCCGGUUGGUGUGGCUGAGUUUACCGUUGGACUCGAUGCUCGCAUUGAAGAACUGUUGGAAUUGUUAGACAUGAGAUCCAACGGGAUGAGGGUAUUGGGAUUGCAUGGGAUGGGUGGGAUUGGUAAGACUACCCUAGCGAAGGCGUUUUUUAACAGAAUCGUUGUGGAUUUUGACCAUCGCAGCUUCAUUUCAAGUGUUAGAGAAGUUUCAUCCAAAGAUGAGGGCUUAAUUUCUCUAAGAAACAGAAUUAUAAGUGACAUUUCCUCUCAAACAGUGGUUGGAAACGAUAUUUCUGCUUUCAGAAGAACAGUUAGUGAAAACCGUGCUCUGGUAAUCCUGGAUGAUGUGGAUGAUGUGAAGCAGCUCGAUACUCUAAUUGGCAAAAGAGAAUGGUUCCAUGAGGGAAGCCGUAUAUUAGUCACAUCAAGGGAUACGCGAGCUCUGCCUGAGACUCAUGUUAAUGUCUUGUACGAAGUUCAAAUAUUGGAUGACUCUGAGUCGCUAGAACUAUUCUGUUACCAUGCAAUGCGAAGAAAGAAACCUGCAGGCGAAACUUUCUUGAAAUUGUCGAAGGAAAUAGUGUCUCUAACACGAAGAUUGCCUUUAGCUCUGGAAGUGCUUGGUUCAAUGUUGUUUCGUAAGAGAAGGGAAAAAAAGGAAUGGGUUGAUGCUGAGGAGAAACUGAAGGUAAUUCGACCUUGGAAUCUUCAGGAAGUGCUGAGGAUCAGUUAUGAGGGGUUAGAUGAGCAAGAGAAAUGCAUCUUCCUUGACAUUGCUUGUCUGUUCGUUCCGAUGAGGAUGAAGCGAGAAGAUGUUAUUGAUGUACUAAGAGGCUGUAGAUAUGGGGGAGAGAUAGCAAUCACAGAUCUCACAGAAAAAUGCUUGAUCAAAAUCAGAGAGGACGAAACCAUUUGGAUGCAUGAUGAAAUUAGAGAUAUGGGACGGCAAAUUGAUGUGGAAGAAAACCUCGUUGAGCCGGGUAUGCCUGGUCGAUUGUGGGAUCGAUCUGAAAUUCUAGCUGUUUUGAGGAAUAUGAAGGGAUCUAGUAGUAUUCGAGGGAUGGUGCUAGACUUCGAGGAAAGAUCUACUAAAGACAACGAACAAGCAAUUUCUUGUUGCAACCUUAAAUCUGGUUCCAGUUUCGUGAAUGCCCUGUCAUUCCUUAAACAGAUUCACGGGAAAUAUUUUCAACGAGUUGAGAGGGACAAAGAGGUCACAGUGCUUCGAACCAAGCCCUUUGAAUCCAUGGUGAACUUGGUGCUGCUUCAGAUCAAUAAUUUGAGGUUGGAAGGGAAGUUUAAAUCUUUCCCUGCAGAAUUGAAGUGGCUGCAAUGGCAAGGAUGCCCUUUAAAGUGCAUGCCUUCUGAUUUUUGGCCCCAAGAAUUGGCUGUCCUUGAUCUCGCACACAGCUAUAUUGAGAAUUUGUGGAAUCGGAAGGGAUACAAGGUGCCCAAGAACCUCAUGGUCAUGAACCUCUCCUAUUGCUAUCACCUGGAGGCUCUUCCUGAUUUGUCUGGCUGUAGAUGUUUAGAGAAGAUUGUUCUAGUGAAUUGCAUUAAACUAAGAAGGAUUCACGACUCAGUUGGCGGUCUGAGCACACUUCGUCAUUUGAAUAUGACUCGUUGUACUGAACUUAGUGAGCUACCCAAUGAUUUAUCUGGGCUGAAAAAUCUUGAGAGCCUGUGUCUCUCCGAUUGCUGCAAGUUAAAAUCGUUACCAAGGAACAUAGCCAACUGGAAAUCUCUAAGAAAACUUCUUGCUAAUGGCACGGCUUUAGCAGAGCUGCCUGAGACUUUUUUUCACCUUGAGAAACUUGAAAUUCUUAUUUUAGAUGGUUGCCAAAACUUAAAAAGACUACCCGAUAACAUAGGACUUUUGUGCUCUCUACAAGAGCUGUCUCUCGACAAAUCUGGGUUAGAAGAACUACCCGAAACUGUCGGGCAUUUGAAAAAACUAGAGAAGCUUGGUUUGAUGCAUUGCUAUUCUCUCACUAAGAUUCCUGAUUCUGUUGGAAACCUCGUUUCGCUUUCAGAACUUAUGCUUUCUGGAAGUGCUAUUAGAGAGCUUCCUUCUUCCAUUGAAUCAUUGUCUUAUCUAAACGAACUCUCUGUAGGAUAUUGUAAGUCUCUGAAAAAGUUGCCUGAGUCUAUUAAGCAUUUGGCUUCCGUUAUUGAGCUUCAGCUAGAUGGGACAGCGAUCACCUAUUUGCCAGAUGAAAUUGGCGAUAUGAAAUUGCUAAGAAAGCUUGAAAUGAGGAAUUGCCAGAUGAGAUCUCUACCUGAAUCGAUUGGACGCCUCGCAGCUCUUACAACCUUGGACAUUUCCAAUGGAAACAUCGAAGAAUUGCCAGACUCCAUCAAAGAGAUGAAAAAUCUUGUUCAUUUGACGUUGGACAAAUGCAUAAUGCUCAGAAAGCUUCCUGAUUCUAUAGGAUCUUUGAAGUCCUUGCGUCAUCUUGGGAUGGUGGAAACAGGUCUGACAGAAUUACCUGAAAGCUUUGGUAUGCUUACCAGCUUACAAACAUUGAAAAUGGCCAAUAAGUCUGAAAAUAACUUGCUUCACGAUUCUUCUGUAAUCUCAUCUUUUUUCUGCAAUAUGAUAUUUCUGAAUGAUCUGGACGCUCGUUGUUGGAGAAUAUCUGGAAAAAUUCCUGAUGAUUUUGAGAAGUUGAAGUCUUUGGAGACUUUGAAUCUAAGCCAAAACAAAUUUCACAGCCUUCCUUCCAGUUUGGCCGGCCUUUCGAUUCUGAAAAAGCUCCAUCUUCAAAACUGCAUCGAGCUGGUUUCUCUCCCUGCUCUUCCCUCAAGCUUGAUAGAGCUGAAUGCUGCAAACUGCUGUACCUUACAAAGCAUUCCCGACCUUUCAAAUUUAACAAGUCUUAAGGAUCUAAACCUCACGAAUUGUGUAAAAGUGGUGGAUAUUCCAGGUCUUGAACGGUUGGUGUCUUUGAGGAGUUUGUACUUGGGUGGGUGCAUUGCAUGCUCCUUCCCAAUCCGCAAGAGAUUUUCUAAGGUUACAAUGAGGAAUUUAAGGAACUUGAGCAUGCCAGGAACCAGAUUACCCAAAUGGUUUUCAGGACAAGCUGUAAGCUUUUCGAAGCCCAAGAACCGUGAACUAACAGGUGCAAUUAUGGGUAUCAUUCUUUCUAUCAACCAUGAAACACCGAGUGAACUGCCAGUUGAACUUUCCGGAGUAGUUGAUAUCAAAGCAAAUGUCCUCAGACUGGGCAAAAACAUAUAUAGUUCAGUGUUAGACUUGCAUGGGUUGCCAAGAACGAAUGAUGAACACUUGUACCUUUGUAGAUUCCCAGACUACCAUCCACUCAUCUCUCGCUUGCGAGAUGGGGACACAUUUUGUGUGACGAAGAAAAACCAACCUAUGGAUGAGAGAUUGGAGUUGAAAAAAUGGGCGUUUCAUCUGAUGUUUGAAGGGGAUGACGAUUAUGAUGGAGAUGAAGAAUCUGCGGAUAGAAGCCUACAAUUUGUGUCAGAAAAGCUGGCCAAGUUUUUCAACACUUACGAAGAAGAUGGCCCCAUGGAUGAUGAUAUUGGGAGUGGAGAUGAAGAGUGCCUGAAGGAAGAAAGAGUAUUAUCGUGCUUGAAGCGGAUAACCUCAUGUCUCUAGCAUGGUCUUGUCUUCAUCCCGUCGUAAUUGUAGCCUCUUCAUUUGGUAUGUCUUUCAAAUAUUCUUUUAUCAAGAAAAAGAGGAGGAGGUGGGAAUAAGUAACAGGAGAGAGCUACGUGUCACAAUGCUAAAGCCGCAUUUUUGUUUUUUGAGCCAAAAGCCGCAUUAUUGUUCCAGGUGUUAUGUAGGUUGCCUAAAUUCUUGCCUCUCUUCACUUCUCUUUAUUUUUUUGGGUUAAGAUGUAAA